AUAUGUCGGCGGAGAGUUGAAACAAAGUCUUGCGGAAUUUGUAGCACGAAGAGGUCAAUCAACGAAGAUUGUUUGUAACAACGCGAAAACGUUUGUUGCCAUGGCAAAGUGGUUACGUAAACUCAAACAUAGCCAUGUUGUGAACGAUUACCGCUUGGCGUAA